AGCCGCCUGAAGAAACAUCCCCGAUAGUUUUCUGGAAAUCCCCCUACACUAGUAACGUUACUACACUCCUUCUCCUACCCGCUUCACCUCCGAGAUCUCUCCCCGCUCCGGCGAGCGGAGCUUCGGAGAAGGUUUCCGGAUGCCCGCUCCCCCGAUGCUCGUACCGAAGCGCAUCAAUUACGUGGCCCCGAUGCUCGCCUCCGCCCUCCUCCUGCUCCUCCUCCUCUCCGGCUACUUCGAGCUCCCCUCUAUAACCUCCUCCCUCUCCACCCCGCUCUCCCCUACCAUCCCAGCUGCCGGCGCCACUGGGAACCGCCGCUUCGAUACAGCGCUCGACUCCGUCGGCUCCCGCGAGCGGUCGGCCUUUACGUCCACCCUCGCCGCCUUCAGCGCUUGGGACGCCGCCGUCGGGUGCCCCCGCAUCCGCGCCAAGAUCGGCGCCGCUAACGCGACGAUGGCCUCUGCCAUGGUUUCCAUCACUGGCGGAGCGGGGUGGGGAGGCGCGAGGUGCGAGGAGAUGAAGACACGGCACGUGGGGGUACUCGUCAAGGGGUGGACGUGGAUCCCCGACGCGCUGGACGGCGUGUACACAUGCCGUUGUGGAGUGAGCUGCGUGUGGAGCAAGGCCGCCGCAGUCGUUGACCGCCCCGAUGCGCUGCUCUUCGAGGGCGCUACGCCGCCGCAGCAGAGAAUGAAAGGUCUACCUCUUCGUGUUUAUCUGGACCUGGAGGCUAGUAGGAAACCAACUGGUUUUGAGGACAUUUUUAUAGGUUACCAUGCUAAUGAUGAUUUGCAAGUAACAUAUGCUGGAAAAUCUUUCCACACUAGCCGGAGUUACCAUGUAUCCACAGAAAAGACAAAUGAUGCACUCAUCUAUUGGUCAUCUUCAAGGUGUCUUCCUCGCAGAGACAAGCUUGCAGAAGAGUUCCUCUCAUUGGUACCGCACCAUUCCUUUGGAAAAUGUUUGAAUAAUGUUGGUGGUCCUGACAUGGCACUGUCAAUGUAUCCGAUUUGCUCAAACAAUGGCAAUGGUCCACCACACUGGUGGGAUCACCUACACUGUGCAAUGUCACAUUACAAGUUUGUUCUUGCAAUCGAGAACACCAAGACAGAAAGUUAUGUGACAGAAAAGCUGUUCUACGCGUUGGAGGCUGGGUCAGUGCCAAUAUACUUCGGUGCACCCAAUGUCUGGGAUUUCAUUCCACCAUAUUCUGCAAUUGAUGCCUCCAAAUUCAGCUCUCUUAAGGAACUGGCAUCAUAUGUAAAAGCGCUUGCGAAUGAUCCUGUAGCGUAUGCAGAAUACCAUGCAUGGAGGCGAUGUGGUGUUCUGGGCAACUUUGGCAGGACACGUGAAAUGAGCCUUGAUACACUGCCUUGCCGACUCUGCGAACUAGUCAGCAAGAGAGGUGGUAGAAGUGCAGAUUCAUUUUGAACGACUGGUGAUAACAUUUUGUCUUACAUAUACUUCGAUUCGGUGAGAACUGGAUGACUUGCAACAAAUGGUGUGCCUGAGUGAUGGGAUUAUUCAACGAAGAUGAAGUGGUCAUAUUAUGGAAUGGCAACAGCUGAUAUUCUUCUAAUACCAUACCGGCCACCUUUUUAUAUAUUCUGUUCUUAAACUUUUUUUUUGUCUCGUUGACUGUAGUUAAGAGAUGAAACAUUUUUUUUAUGGAGAGGUUCAUGUUUGUAGGCGGGGAAACUUACAAAUCCACUUCAUCUUGUUAAUAUGAAUACAUGAUAGGGUCACAUGACCGUUUCUUAUAAGGAGGUUCUGAUAGAUAGAAGAAAUGUAUUGGUUUCUUGUGUA